AUGGAUUUCGGACCAAAAGGAUAUAAGGAUGUCAACGACUGGCAAGCAGAUUGUCUCAUGCUCUGCACCAACAAUGCAAGAAAGUCUCCCCAACGUCGACCUUCACCCUUUUCGACGCUGCAGGGCGCAUCAGCUACCACACCGCCUUGCAGAGAACGAAGUCCAGGAAGGAUGAGAAACUUUCAUCACCGAACAUGGGGCGUUGGAUUUGUCGUACACCCCUCUGUUUGUCUUGUCGAUUCUCAUGGGAUCCUAUCACCUCGCUUGGUUGGCUUAUUUCGACUCCGUCUUCUGCAUCAGUAG